AAAAGACAAGGACUUUUGUUCAGUGGGGAACAAAACACUGUAAAAAGCUCUCAGAGCCUCAAAGAAGACGAUGAAACGUUUCUUCCAACCGGUAGGGAAAGACGGCUCCGCCAAGAAACCCACACUCGCACCUCCUUCCACAGAUAACGACAAAAUAUCAGCGGAGGACGCCGCCAAGAAACAGCCGCUCAAGUUCAUAACGUGGAAUGCCAACAGCUUUCUUCUCCGGGUGAAGAACAACUGGCCCGAGUUCACCAAGUUCGUCUCGAGCAUCGACCCAGAUGUCAUUGCGAUACAGGAAGUAAGGAUGCCUGCUGCUGGUUCAAAGGGUGGACCUAAAAACCCAGGAGAGUUGAAAGAUGACACUUCCUCGUCACGUGAAGAAAAGCAGAUAAUUACGCGUGCCCUGUCAAGCCCACCCUUUGGAGAUUAUCGUGUCUGGUGGUCUCUUUCAGAUUCAAAGUAUGCAGGAACUGCAUUGUUUGUAAAGAAGUGUUUACAGCCACAAAAAGUAUUUUUCAAUCUUGACAGAAAAGUUUCAAAGCAUGAACCAGAUGGCCGGGUCAUCCUAGCUGAAUUUGAGACAUUUAAUUUGUUGAAUACAUAUGCACCAAACAAUGGUUGGAAGGAGGAAGAAAACUCAUUCCCAAGGAGAAGAAAAUGGGAUAAAAGGAUUUUAGAGUUUGUUCUGCAAUCUUCGGAUAAGCCUCUAAUAUGGUGCGGUGAUCUGAAUGUUAGUCAUGAAGAGAUUGAUGUGAGUCAUCCAGAUUUUUUCAGUGCAGCAAAGGUUAAUGGUUAUGUUCCUCCAAAUAAAGAGGAUUGUGGGCAGCCUGGAUUUACCUUGAAUGAGAGGAAACGUUUUGGUAGCAUUUUGAAAGAGGGAAAGUUAAUAGAUGCAUACCGACACCUUCACAAGGAGAAGGACAUGGAGCAUGGCUUCUCCUGGUCUGGAAACCCCAUAGGAAAGUAUCGAGGUAAAAGGAUGAGAAUAGACUACUUCGUUGUUGCAGAGAAACUCAAAGAUAGGAUUGUUUCAUGCGAGAUGCAUGGGCAAGGGAUUGAACUACAAGGGUUUUAUGGAAGCGAUCAUUGUCCAGUCUCCCUCGUGCUUUCGGAAGGAGACACGGCUUCUAAAGAAACUGGAUUACCUGCAUAACCUUGUACCGAUAUUUGUUACAGUGCCACUGCCAUGUUAGAGAAGAUUUGCUUUUUCAAUCUGUACCAUUUGUAUACUAUUUUGGUUAGGCUUUUGGAAUGCUUCUCUACUAUUUGAGAGAUUCUCCUCGUACAGACGUGAAUCGCGUGAUAUGGCGAAAAGGGGGCAUUUAAGUAUGAUUAGUGUAAUGGAAUCUGAUCAUUUAUGGAAAAUGAUUUGGUCCGCUAA